AUGUCUACAAGCACUCUCGCCAAGCUGCGCGAGGCCAUCGCCUCGUCGCCGCUGCGGCCGCGAUCGAAGGCUUCCACACCGGCGGGCUCACAGAAAGGCACCCCAAAGGGCGGCUCGCCCCCGGAGGCAACGCCCAAUGGCUCUAUCAAGGGCGGUCCUGCCAAGGGCAGCGCCAUGAAGGAAGCGUUGGCCAUCGCCAGGGGCGGCUCGGGAAGCGCAAAGUCCAGCGGCUCUUUCAGCUCUCGUCGCAGCGAGGACAGGGCGAGGCUGAAGCAGGAGAAGGCAGAGAAGCGCGAGCGCAUCCAGAGCGAGAUUGACGAGCGACGAAGGUUAGAAGACGAGAAGGCCAAGCAAGAGGAGGAUGAGCAGACGCAGGCUCGGUAUGGAGAGGCAGAUGAGCACCCGGCGCAUCCCCUCGAGCUUAGCAGAAUCGAGGAGCUGGCCGACAUGGCAGAGGGCACCGAGGUGACCUUCCGUGCCAGGAUACACACCCAACGGCGCAUCUCUGCUGCCCUCGACUUCCUUCUGUUCCGCGAUCAGACACACUCCAUCCAGGGCGUCAUGACGAGCGAGCAUUGCACGCCUCACAUGGUUAAAUGGGUUCAGCGCCUGCACCCCGAGUCUCUCAUCCAAGUCACCGGCACGCUCAAGAAGCCAAUUGAGCCUGUCAAGUCCGCGCGAGUCCCCGACCUUGAGGUGCUUGUCUAUUCCAUCCACUUGAUCAGUGCCGCCGAGGACCUACCCUUCGACAACUACUACAUGAACCAGGAGUCUCUACACAAGCGCAUGACCGCUCGAGUCCUAGACCUCCGCCAUCCCUCCAACCAAGCGCUAUUCCGCAUUCGCGCUGCCAUUCUCCGCGAGUACAGGCGCAAGCUCGAUGACUUAGGCUUCAUCGAGAUCAACACCCCCAAAUUGCAAGCAGCUGUUGCCGAAAGCGGUGCAGAGGUCUUCAAGGUCAACUAUUUUGGUCGUAGAGCCGUUCUAGCACAGAGCCCGCAAUUGAACAAGCAGAUGUCAAUCUCGGCCGAUUUCAAGAGGGUCUAUGAGAUUGGUCCCGUUUUCCGCGCGGAAAACUCCAACACCAAGCGACAUUUGGCCGAAUACACCGGUCUAGACGUAGAAAUGGAGAUCACAAACGAUUAUCACGAGGUUAUCAACACCGUCGACAGCGUGCUCAAGUCCAUAUUUGCCGCCAUCUCCAAGAUGCCCGAGAUCCAGGUUGUGCGAGAGCGCUGGCCGAGCGAGGACCUUCAGUGGCUGGAGCAGACCCCUGUCAUCCCCUUCAAGGAGGGUAUCCAGAUGCUGCGCGACGAUGGGCGCGAUGUCGAGGAGGAGGACCUUUCAACCCGAGAUGAGAUCCGCCUUGGUGAACUUGUGAAGGAGAAGUACAAGACCGAUUACUACAUCCUCGAUAAGUUCCCCGCCAGCGCGCGACCGUUCUAUACCCACCCCGAUGAGAACGAUCCUUUCUGGACGAACUCGUUCGACAUUUUCCUAAGAGGCCAGGAGAUCUGCAGUGGUGGCCAACGUAUUCACAACCCCAAGAAGCUUCGCGAGAGCCUGGAGAAGGCGAACCUCCCCGAGGAGGACAUGGAGGAGUACCUGUCUGCGUUCGAUCUCGGCGCCCCGCCUCACGGUGGUGCUGGUCUGGGUCUGGAGCGAGUGGUGGCUUUCUUCCUAAACUUGGGUGAUGUCAGAUUUGGCACGAUGUACUACCGCGAUCCCAAGUCUCUUCCCGAGCGCUCGCCCAGUCUGCCGCAUCCCGAUUCCGACACCACUAAGCCUCACCCCGAAGGCAAAUUACCACCACUGGAGAACCUGAUUGCCAAUUAUGGCGAUGCUACAAAUACCUCCUGGUUGGACGAUCGAUUUGAGAUCUGGAGACAUCAUACUGGUGCUGCUGUCGGCUACAACAAGCGCGACAAGUUCGUCAUGGUCGUCGGCGACCCGCUUUGCGACGUGAAGCAGUACCGCGAUGUGAUCGGCGCCUUCCUCGAGUUUGUCGAGAAGGACCUGAAGAUGACGCCCGUCUGGAUGCUCGUGUCCGACUACGUCCAGCGCGUGCUAGGCGAGCAGAUGGGCUGGCGCACACUGACCUGCACAGAGGAGCAGCGCGUCGACGCAGACAAGCAUGUCACGCCUAGCGGGCACCACGCGCGCCGCGUCGAGCGCGAGGGCAUCAAGAUCCACGAGGUGCGGCCGAACGAGGAUUUCAUCAAGCGCACGGACGAGAGCAUCGAGGCGUGGAAGAACGCCCGCAAGGGCAUCGCCGGCAAGCAGGUCCACCUGACGGACGUGCGGCCCUGGAUCGACCAGGUUCAUCGCCGCUAUUUCGCCGCCGAGAAGGAUGGCAAGGUCCUCGCUCUGGUGGUCCUCGCGCGCCUGGCACCCCGCUACGGAUGGCAGCUCAAGUGGGCGCUCGACUUCCCCGGCACGCCCAACGGCACCAUCGAGACGCUGAUCGAGUUUGCCUUGUCGGGCUUGUCCGGCCCGGUCACCUUCGGCGCGGGUGUUUCGCAGCGCCUGACGCCCGGUGCGCAUCUGCACGGUGUGCGGGCCAAGUUCCUGUCCAACGUCUACGAUACCGUCGUCAAGACGCUGAACUUGAGCAAGAAGUCCGAGUUUCGACAGAAAUUCGGCGCGUACGGCGAGCAAAUCUACAUCUGCUACCCGCGCCACUCGCUCAAGGUGACCGAUUUUCAGCAUAUUAUCGGUUUCUUCAGGGAGUAA